UUCUACUGCAAGCUUGACCGCUUUCUUCUCUCCUCUGUAGGUCUUCUUCUUCUCCUACAAAGGGAAAUAUAGAGAUAAAGGUGCCUCGUUUACCUUCUUCCUUGCUCGUUCUGGGUCCAUGGAAUCGAUUCCUCUUCUCCAUGGCUUCUCUCUUCUCCUCCUCUGCCUUCUCCUUCUCCGCCCCAGGGCUGUUCAGGGGAAUGCAGAGCUGAGAGCCCUCAUGGAGGUCAAAGCAGCGCUGGACCCCGAGGGGAGGAUUCUAGCCUCGUGGACGAGCAAGGGGGACCCUUGCCGAGGGGAUUUCGAAGGGGUAGCGUGCAACGAGCACGGCAAAGUGGCCAACAUCUCGCUCCAGGGGAAGGGCCUCUCGGGGUUCAUCUCGCCGGCGGUUGCCGAGCUCCAGUGUCUCUCGGGGCUGUACCUCCACUAUAAUGCUCUCAGAGGGGAGAUACCGAAAGAAAUCUCUAACCUCACCGAGCUCUCUGACCUCUACCUCAACGUUAACAACCUCUCCGGCCGCAUUCCGGUGGAGAUCGGCAAAAUGGGGAGCCUGCAAGUGUUGCAGCUGGGCUAUAACCAGUUGACAGGAGCCAUUCCGGCCACUUUAGGAGAUUUAACUCAGUUGACGAGGCUGUAUUUGAGCUUCAAUCAUCUCUUUGGUUCAAUUCCUGUGAAGCUUGCUCAGGUUCCUCAGCUGGUAGUAUUCGAUGUCCAGAAUAACUCCCUCUCCGGCAGCGUCCCUUCCGAUUUAAAGAGGCUGAAUGAAGGAUUCCAGUACGGAAACAACACCGGUCUAUGUGGAGUUGGAUUCACUUCCCUCAAAGGUUGCCCUUCAGAUGAUCCCCUCAAGCCUAGCAAACCUGAACCCUUUGGACAGGAGAUCCCACAAUCGGCGAACGUUACCACACAUUGCAACCAUUCCCACUGCCCAAAAUCUUCAAAAUCCUCUGCGGUAAAAGUUGUUAUUGGAAUAGUUGCUAUGGCAGUUGGAGGGUUGGUUAUCAGUUUAUUGGCCUUUGCACUAUAUCGCCGCCGGAAGCAAAAGAUCGGUAGUGCGCUCGAGGUUUCAGAUAGCCGGCUAAGCACUGACCAGCCCAAGGAUUUCUAUCGAAAGAGUGCCUCCCCACUUAUCAGCCUCGAGUACUCCAGUGGAUGGGAUUCGUUGGUUGAUGGGCGAGGCGGUGCUGGGAUCUCUCAGGAGGUUUCUCAGAGCUUUCGAUUCAAUCUUGAGGAGGUGGAGUGUGCGACUCAGUACUUCUCGGAUGUCAACUUGCUGGGGAAGAGCAACUUUGCUGCAACUUAUAAGGGCCUCUUGCGAGAUGGGACUGUGGUUGCUGUGAAGAGCAUCAACAAGACAAGCUGCAAAACUGAGGAGGCUGACUUCUUGAAGGGGUUGAAGAUACUGACUUUGUUGAGGCAUGAGAAUCUUGUUGGAUUGAGGGGCUUUUGCUGUUCUAGAGGUAGGGGGGAGUGCUUCCUUGUCUAUGAUUUCGUUAUAAAUGGGAGCCUAUCACAGUAUCUGGAUAUGAAGGAUAAUGUGAAUGGCAGGGUUCUAGACUGGCCUACAAGAGUAUCCAUCAUCAAAGGCAUUGCUAAAGGUAUUGAGUAUUUACACAGCAAUCGACCAAACAAGCCUGCUCUGGUCCACCAAAACAUAGCAGCAGAGAAGGUCCUCAUUGAUCAUAAUUUCACUCCUCGACUCUCUGGCUCUGGUCUGCACAAACUCUUGGCAGACGAUGUCGUCUACUCGACCCUCAAAGCCAGUGCUGCCAUGGGCUACUUGGCCCCCGAAUAUACCACUAUUGGCCGAUUCACAGAAAAGAGUGAUGUCUAUGCCUUUGGAGUCCUUGUAUUCCAAAUCCUUACAGGGAAGAGCAAUGUCUCCCACCUGCGGCUAAAUUCUGAGUCUGCGAAGCUUGAAAACCUCCUCGACGAAAAUCUCGCCGGGAACUUCUCCAUACCAGAGGCAGCAAAGCUAGCAGGGAUUGCCCUGGUUUGCACAGGUGAGAGUCCAAGCCAGAGGCCGACGAUGGAGGCGGUGCUUCAGCAGCUAAGCUUCAGUUGCUGAUCUUCUUAACCUAUGCUCAGAUUCCUCGUCUGAGGGCUUCCAAUGCAACAUGCUAGGGAGGAUUUAUUUUGAAGUGCAUUGUGCCUUUGAAUGAGGACCUUUGAGUUAUGUAAUGUUUGUUUCUCGGUUCCUAACAAUUGACCUUUGUGCUAGAGUUGCUCUCCAGAUUAAGAUGAAGGCAGAUCGUUGUAUCUCUAGUUACUUUUUCUCUUUCCGAAUUCUAGUUUGGCAGUUACUGUA